UCGCCCUCGCCCUCUCCCCGUGGCGGCCUCCUACCUCAGCCGGCGCGCGCACGACCCCGGCGCGCCGGUGGUGCUGACCCCGCCGGCGAGAGAUCGCGCCGCCGGCGAGAAAGAGAAAUGAAAUACAACAGAGAGAUCGCGCCGCCGGCGAGAGAGAGAGAGAGAGCCAUGAGGAGCGGCGGCGACGUCAAGUCCUUCUUCCGGCAGCAGAAGGCCCACUCCGGCGCAGCGGCCGCCAAGCCCACCAGCGGCGUCUCCAAGAAGCAAGCGCACCACCACCACCAGAAGCAAGCGGCGGCGCGCCCGACGCCAGAUCACGGCGAUGGCGCCGACGCGAGGAGGGAGGAGGCGGAGAACGUGGAGAGGAAGGCCAGGGAGUUCGACAUGGACAUGCGCUAUGGGCCCUGCCUCGGCCUCACCCGCGCCCAGCGCUGGCAGCGCGCCGACGCGCUGGGCCUCGCCCCGCCGCCGCACGCGCUCUGCUCCGACGACCAGCCGUGCCUCUGGGAGGGCCGCGUCUAGACUAGGGCAUCGCCCCAGGGCCCCGUCGUAUCACCGAUCCGCCACUCCUCGUGGUUCUGCCUACUGCUUCUUCUGUAGCCAUCAGUCUUCGUGUUGUCUUCAGUCUUCGUCUGUACGUUUGUGUUGAUCCUGCUGGGUGCGUGCGAUGCCGUGUGAUCCGAUGCGAUGCUGUAUUAAUCUCAGUAUAAUCUUUGCUGCAUCUGGUGUGUUGCAAAUCUCUCUAUAUCCCAUUA